GCUACCCUUGGCGUAAAACAACACAGUGAGCUGUCAUAGUGUAGUUAGCGUCUUGACAAUAUUUUUACAUCCAAAGCUAAUUUUAGCUAUCAUAUUAUGCCAUCAUCAGACUAUGAUCCGGCUUCUCUGCCGGACCUUUUACCGCUGUACUACCGGCGGCUCUUCCCAUUCUCCCAGUAUUACCGCUGGCUGAGCUACGGAGGAGUGCAGAAAAACUACUUUCAAAAUCGGGAGUUCUCGUUUACCCUGAAAGAUGACAUCUAUGUACGCUACCAGUCGUUCAGCACGCAGAAUGAGCUAGAGAAAGAAAUGCAGAAGAUGAACCCCUACAAGAUUGACGUGGGAGCAGUGUACAGCCACAGGCCAAGUCAACACAACACUGUGAAGUCGGGGACCUUCCAGGCUCUGGAGAAGGAGCUUGUGUUUGAUAUCGAUAUGACAGAUUAUGAUGACGUCCGAAGCUGCUGCAGUGCUGCUGACAUCUGCUCCAAGUGCUGGACCUUAAUGACCAUCGCCAUCCGUAUCCUGGAUAGAGCUCUUCAAGAUGACUUUGGUUUCCAGCACCGUCUGUGGGUUUAUUCUGGCAGAAGAGGAGUACAUUGUUGGGUGUGUGAUGAAGCUGCCCGGAAACUCUCUGUAGCAGCGCGCUCUGCUGUGACAGAAUACCUCAGCCUGGUCAAGGGUGGUGAUGAAACCGUGAAGAAAGUAGUGCUGACUGAACCAAUUCACCCUUUUAUCAGCAACUCUCUGGAAGUGGUGGAGGAAUACUUUAGCCGAUAUGCACUACGUGACCAGGACCUGAUGGGAAGCAAGGUGUCUGUAGAAAAAGUGCUGGCACUCGUUCCUGAGGAUGCCAGAAGCUACCUACAGCAGGAGUUCGAAAAGGAGAAGAAGCCUGAGAAACGUUGGAAACUGAUUGAGGCAGAGGCUAUGAGGAAACAGAGCACUGCAAAGAAGGGCCAGUACUUUGAAAAAGAAAUCAUGCUGCAGUAUUGUUACCCACGGCUCGACGCCAACGUCAGCAAAGGUGUGAACCAUCUGCUGAAGAGUCCUUUCAGUGUACACCCCAAAACAGGCCGCAUUUCUGUUCCCAUAAAUGUCAGUGAAUUAGACAAAUUUGAUCCCUUUUCUGUGCCCACAAUCAGUCUGAUCUGUGAGGAGUUGGAUCGGCCCAGGCCAGGCGAAGAGAAAGAGAAAUUAGAGGAUGCGAAGGAGAAGGAAGACGAGAAAGAUGCAAUAGAGAAGCGCAAGAUCAGAGAUUACAAAAGAACCAGCCUGGCGAAGUACAUAAAAUACUUUGACCAGUUUCUGGAUGGAAUGGCUCGUUCAUGGAAAGGAGAGCGUCUCAGAAAGAGUGAUCUUCAGAAAGAAUUCUGAACUGGAUCAUCAGAAGGUGACACCUCAGAACAACGUCCUGUUGCCUAAUGUUGCUAAUUAUGCUUUGUGGUGUUUUUGGUGCCAUUUUUCUACUACACAUUAAUUUCACCAGAGUCUGUUUUAUUAUGCUUUGUAAUAAAAGACUGGCUGAUAAAACAUUUAUUAACAUGCUUAAAUGUUAAUAAAGCAUGUUAAUAAAUGCUUUAUUAACAUAAUAAAAUUGAUUUUUUACCAAUUUUUUUUUAUGGUAAAAAAUCCUCUAGUUUUUUACCAUAAAAUGUCACAGUAAAGUUUUAUUUGUCUAAUUGUUGGCUGUAUUUGUGACGAAUAAAUUCAGUAUUUCUACUCUUGCAAACACAUUGUCUUCCUUUUUUAAAAUAAAUAAAGGGUUUCACAUGAUUCACUUCAUCCACUGAAGCUUAAGGAUGAGGAGUCCCGUGGAUGUGUAAGCAGGGACUCCUCUGCCUCAAAUCUGUAAUAUUGAGGUUAUAGGCUUUAAUGAUAACAUCUGUAACUAUCCAGUCUUUGUAAUGAGAGUUUCGGCAGUUCCUGUGAGUCCAUUCAAUCUGAAUAUCUACUACUUCCUAGCGAAUUACAUGCAUGAAUUAUACUGCAAUGCAGGAUUUAGGUAUGUUAUGAUUUCUGUUUUAUGUUCUAACGUUAUUUAACUGAAACACAUUUCUUUUCAAAUUAAUUUUCAUCCUUCAAAAUCGGAAACUCCAUGGAAAAUAUGAUUUACUCUUGCUGUUGU